AGACACUUGAAGUAUUAUUGUUCAUUCGCAAGUCCGAAGUAAUGACCACCAUGCAGUGCUUAAUUGGUAAUCCUAACUGGCUGGUCGUGGCGGCGUCUCUCACCCUCCUCCUUCCACUGGGGUCCGCGCAAACACUCUCCCUCAUCCCCAGCAUCGAAGCCUUUUCGGGAGUGUACGUUCAAGAGGUUCCCACGAGCUCAAUUUUCUACACCACCGUAUCGCCAUUAGUAUAUGGGUUCAAGGUGCCCAACUGGAGUCGAAAUGAGACUUAUCUGCCCACCCAGAACUGCAGCCUACCCGACUGGUCGGAGGGGACGAUUUGUCCCACCGCCUUCUACUUGGCUCGGGUCCAGUCCCGCUUUUCUGAAUAUCUUUUCAAUGGGCGACCUCUGCUUCACCGCCUCAUCGAAAUGGGAGCCACGCCACAAGUCACCGAAAUCAUGUUCGACUGCCACACACUCGACAGACAUUUCAAAGACAUUUACGUCGACAAGGGUGUGAUGGAACGGUACCUGGAAAAGUUGAAGGGUUGCUCACCUGCAGGUCAGAUAUUACAUUGGCAUUCGCAUCGAUCACGUUCGAAAUUAUUUUUUUACUCAGGUGACACGGAAUAUUUUCGACACAUCUCCAGCUACACGUACAACAUUUCCUCCGUGUACAGACAAAUGUACGACAGCUACUUUAACGAGGUGUGGCUUCAAGUUAGUGGGGGGAGGAUAGAUGCCGGAUUGUGGUCUAAUGCACAAAGUGUACUCAACACGCUCAACUUUUUUAAUCACCACGUCGAACUACAUCGGUGGCACUCGGCACUCAGUGAUUGCGAAGCCGGACGAAUUCCGGACUCCCUGCUCACACCGGAACUCAUUGGCGACUCGCUUCAAGAGUUGUUUGAAACCUUGCGGCAGAGUAAUCUCGUACCCCUCAUUCCCGCAUCCGACAUUGGCAACUACUUCCGAAAUCGACUCGCGGACUGCACAUUUACGAACGAGUCCUUCGUCGUCAGAGUUCUCAUUCCUGUGACGGCCAAGAAUCAGAGCCACUCGCUCUACUCCAUCCGCCCAGCCACAUUUUACGACGCGUUUACGGAGCGAUACUGCUCACUGGAGCUGUCUAACGGAGUUUUUCUCUUCGACAACCUGAACCUCGUCGCCUAUGACACAACUUGCACUCCGAAUGACUUCUGUCAUGCCCCAAAGGUCAACACUGGUCGGGUCAACUCAUGUGCUUCCGCCCUGCUCAAUCAAGACUGGAAAGACGCCUUGGAAUUUUGCCCUUUCAAGUGUCACUCGCUCAACAAAUAUCACAAAAAGUCUGGUUUACACAUUACAAUUGCGAGUCAGGUCAUGACCCCUGAUAAGGUUUUGCUUGCUGGGGACAGACCGCUCGAUACACGAGUUGGGAUCAGUUGCCUCUCAUCCUCAACAAGUUGGACGUAUUCGCCCAUAUUUAAUGAUAGCAUUACGGAAAUGGCGAAUAAGUCUGGGUGUUUGGAGUUGACACUGCCCUGUGGCUGCACCCUCACCGUGGAAAAUGCCGGGGUCAACUACACCCGGACAUGUGGCAGCCAAGUGAUGGAGAGCAGCAAGACUCCGAAAUUAAGACUAGUUGUCCCAUUCCAUUGGUUGCGAAAACAGGAAACGAUAGCGUCCCUGUCCAAAGUGCCCACUCCAUACGUUCCUAUUUCGAUGGAGGACUUGUUCCCAAGCUCUAGACCAGCUUCGUCAUCCUCAUCGACAGACCCAACGGAUAGGACGAGUACACCACGUGGAGGAGGAGGAGGAAUCACACUAGUUCUCUUGGUCUGUGUUUUUGUAACAAUUGGCGUUUGUGUCGUUGUCGGAAUUUUAGUUCGUAGACUUCAUUUUCUCGGCGUCAAUCUGUUCACGGGGGGAAGUUUGGGUAAGACAUGUCCACAAAGCGUGUCCUACCAACACAUGGAGCAACCAGAGCUGUGAAGAAGGAUUUAGCAAUCAUUUCAUUACAAUUUGAUUUAACAAUAAUAAAGGAUGAGAAAGUAAUGGUA